UUGCUUUCAAAAUGGCUUUAAGAAUUUCAAUAAAUCAGUUGAUAAUUUUGUCAGUAGUGUUAAUUAAUACGGCUUUUGGCGAGGAUGCUACAAAGAGCCCGGCGAAUCCUGAUGAGAAAGGUAACUGCACAUGCGGGGGUUUUUCGACGGCGACUAUAACGGCAGAGAGCGCGCCGCUGUUGGCGCAGUCGCCCGGCCUCAUGGUGAAGUGUAACGAGGAAGGCGAGACCGCUUGUAAGAACCUUUGCGUCGCCCUCGCCAAUGUUACCAAAGCUAAAGGCCCCGAAAUUCUCUGCAAGAGGCUCAAGGACGCUGAUGAAUUGAAGCUAUCGGCGUUUUUCAAAGUGUGCGACAAUCCUUGGAUAUACGCAAACAUGACCGCAGACGAGCCUCUUUGCUGUGAAAACGAGAAGAUUAAGACAUGCGCGUCUGCACCAAAAGAUAACACCACUGCAGUUGUCGACCCUAAGACUGUUAUGUGAAAACCAAAAACA